AUGUCCGCCAAGCCCGUCGCCAAAGGCGACGCGAUCGAGCUCAACUUGGAGACGAUGACGGUCGAGCAAGGACUGGAGCUGAUCGAGAAGGAGCGGGUGCAGCCCUUGUUGGCAUACUUGAGGACCGGCAAAUUCGAGAACAAGACGAACAUGACUUUCAUGAAGGCGUACUCGGUCGUUGUACAGUUUGGCGACCAGCAACAGCACUCCUUCAAGCUUUACUCAUACUACAAAAAGGUGAUCUCGGACUACUGCAAGGAUGCCAUGGCACAGCUCCAGCCUCUGGCCGGCGAGGACUUGCUCAAUGCGCUGGCACAGCUUUGGGAGAAGAACACCAUCCUGGUCUUCUGGAUGCAGCGCGUCUUCCAGUAUUUGGACCGGUUCUUCACGAAAAGCAGCACGGAGUACCCUGAGCUUUUCAAGGCUGCAGUGCAGGCCUUCUCUGAGCACGUUUUCUCCAAGCUCAAGGCUCGAUGUGUGGAUGCGAUGGUGGCGCAGGUGAACCGGGAGCGCGACGGAACGGACAUCGAUCAGGAUGUCAUGCGGCGCCUCGUGGAGAUGCUUUGCACGGUUGGGGACACCGGCCCCAAGGUUGUGAAGCAAAAGGACGGCGCAGACAAGAACGCUGCGGAUCGGCUGGUGUGGCAGUCACAGGCCCGCGGGGUGUACAAGACCGACUUCGAGAGCAAGCUCCUGACCACCAGCUCUGAGUACUACCGCUCAAAGGUGGCGGGGUGGACAGCAGCGUACUCAUGCCCUCAAUUCCUGCUCGAGAUUCAGCGCCGGUUGGAUGAUGAGGAGAGUCGGCUGAGCCGAUACCUCGACUCGACGUCCGAGAAGGAGCUGAAGACUGUGGUGCAAAAGGAGCUGAUCCUCAACACGGCCAAGGGCCUGGUCGAGAUGAGCACCGGGGCUCAGGCCAUGCUCACCAAUCGGCGCUACGACGAGUUGAAGCUGAUGUACCGUAUCUUCAAGCGCGAGCCGACGAUGCUGCCGCACAUCAUCACGGCUAUGGAGCCUUACAUCGAGACGAGGGCUCGCGGAGUGGUCGAAGACCCGCAGAUGAUUGACAGCCCCGCUGCGUAUACGGAGAAGGUGCUCGAACUGAAGAAGGAGGUGGACGACAUGGUCGCCUCCUGCUUCGAGAGUGACACCGGCUUCCAGAAGGGCCGCAACCGAGGCUUGGAGGCUGUGCUGAACAAGGACACUCGGUGUGCCAAGUAUCUCGCUCUCUUCUGCGACCUGCAGCUCAAGAAGGGCUUGAAGGGCAGAAACGAGGACGAAGUGCAGACAUUGGUAAACCAAGUCGUCAGCCUCUUCGCACAUCUCAAGGACAAAGACAUCUUCCUGGACAUUUACAAGAGCGCCUUGUCCCGGCGCCUGCUGAACAAGCUCUCCGUCUCCAACGAUGCCGAGGACUGCUUCAUCACCAAGCUGAAGGUGGAGUGUGGCCAGCAGUCCAUUCAGAAGCUGGCCUCCAUGUUCACCGACAUGGCACUGAGUGAUCAGCUUCAGGAGGAGUACAUGAAGAAUGCGCACCAUGGCUCGCCCGGCGGCGUGGUGCACGAGGUGCGGGUUCUGCAAACCAACGCCUGGCCCGAGAAGGCCGAUGAUGUGCCCAUUAUCCCAUGCCCAGAGAUGACCACCUGCAUUACGGCCUACGAGGCCUUCUACAACUCGAAGCACAACGGCCGGAAGUUGAGGUGGAUCUACAACAUGGGCAGUGUGGAGCUAAAAUGCCAUGGCAUGGCGCGGCCCCACCUUCUGGUUGUCUCGGCAUACCAGUGCCUCUGCCUGGUUCUCUUCAACCAGCGACAGCAGGUAAGCUUGCGGGAGAUCUGUGAAGCGACGAAGCUUCCAGAGGAAGAGUGCAGACGGCAGGUCACUUCCUUGACAGUGUCACGGCACAAGGUGCUCCUGCACGAUGCGACAGGCAAGGACCUUGGCAGCGAGACGAAGCUCCAGGUGAACGACAAGUUCACAAACGAGAAGAUCAAGGUGGCAGUGAGCCUCAUCAAGAAAGAGGAGAAAGCCGAAACGACAGCUUUGGCGGAGGCGCCAGUGGAGCGCAAGCACGUCAUCGAUGCGGCUAUUGUUCGAAUCAUGAAGUCCAGGAACAAGCUGGAGCACAACUCCCUGUUGGACGAGGUCUUCAGGCAGUGCACGCUUUUCAAGCCGCAGCCGGCGCAGAUCAAGAGCCAGAUCGAGCACUUGAUCGAGCGAGAAUUCUUGAAGCGAGACGACGCCAACCGCAGCAUCUACCUCUACCUGCCGUGA